GCUGAGAGUGCCAUUGUCACCGCUUUUAUUACCUUCAUUCCCAAGUUCAUCGAGUCACAGUUUGGCAUCCCAGCUUCUAGUGCCAGCAUCUACACUGGCCUGAUCAUUGUGCCCAGUGCUGGUGUUGGGAUUGUGUUAGGUGGUUACAUCAUCAAGAAACUUAAACUGAGCGCAAGAGAAUCUGCAAAGUUGGCAAUGAUUUGUAGCGGUGUGUCCCUGCUCUGUUUCUCUACCCUGUUCAUUGUGGGAUGUGAGAGCAUCAAUCUUGGCGGCAUUAAUAUACCUUAUACUACUGGCCCCACAUUAACGAUGGCACACAGGAAUCUAACAGGUGGCUGUAAUGUUAACUGUGGUUGUAAAAUACAUGAAUACGAGCCAGUGUGUGGAUCGGAUGGAAUUACAUACUUCAAUCCUUGUCUUGCUGGAUGCAGCAAUGUGGGAAAUCAAAGCAUUGCAGUAAGAAAUUAUACUGAAUGUGCCUGUGUUCAAAGUCGGCAAGUCAUCACUCCACCAACAGUGGGUCAACGCAGCCAACUCCGAGUGGUCAUCGUCAAGACCUAUCUGCAUGAAAAUGGUUAUGCCGUGUCG